ACAACGCCAUUUUCACCUCGCACAGCUCUAGUCAGAUGCGUCUGUGCAUUCAGUUGUUAUUGCAUACACAACCGUGCCACAUUAUGACGACGUGAAUAUUAACGUAAUGUUUCUGCGCCACUCAGUGAUUUGAGUCCGUGCUGGUGGAAUCGGACUGUGAAUCAGCUGCAGGAACUUUCCCUGUCGAUCUCCGGAAGACUGGAGAGAGACGUAACCAACCCGGCUGCCUGAUUUUAGCCCCAAACCAUACAAAUCAGCCUGCUGAGCUAGAUAUCGACUUGAGUUUCGUGGUGGGACACAGAAGAGCAAUCCCUGUUACGGUUGUGGGGGAUCUGGAUCUUCCGCAGAACGGAUGCGUGAGGAUAUGUCGAGCGUGCUGUGUGUGAAGGAGACGGAGGGCCAGGGGGACCUCGGUGAAAAGCUAUCCCAGGAUGAGCUGCUAUGUCGGACGCGCGAGGUCAUGCAGGGGCUGGAGGCGCUCCGUGCUGAACAUCAGGCCAUUUUGGAGGGGCUGAUGGGGACCUUGCGCUGCCUCAAACAGAGCCAGGAGGGGCGUGCUGUUGAGGAGAAGACUGCAAUGAUCCAACGCUCAAUGGAGAUGCUGGAGCUGGGCCUCAGUGAAGCACAGGUGAUGAUGGCUCUGUCAGGGCAUCUGAGUGCAGUGGAGGCAGAGAAACAGAAGCUUCGAGCACAGGUACGGAGGCUGUGUCAGGAGAACCAGUGGCUGCGGGACGAGCUGGCAGGAACCCAGCAGCGGCUGCAGAAGAGCGAGCAAAGUGUGGCUCAGUUGGAGGAGGAGAAGAAACACUUGGAGUUCAUGAACCAGCUCAAGAAAUAUGAUCAAGAUCUUAGCCCAUCAGAUGAUAAGGACUCUGAUUCCAGCAGGGAGACACUGGAUGAUCUUUUCCCAGAUGAGCAGGAUGAGCCUGGACCUGGCAUCCAGCCUCCUCACAGCAGUGCAGUGGCAGCAGCUCAGCAGGGUGGUUAUGAGAUCCCUGCUCGUCUUCGAACCCUUCACAACCUGGUGAUCCAGUAUGCCUCACAAGGCAGGUAUGAGGUGGCCGUUCCUCUCUGCAAACAGGCUCUUGAAGAUCUGGAGAAAACAUCUGGACACGAUCAUCCCGAUGUAGCCACCAUGCUUAACAUUCUCGCUCUCGUCUACAGGGACCAGAAUAAAUAUAAAGAGGCAGCAAACCUUCUUAAUGAUGCACUGGCAAUCAGAGAGAAGACUUUGGGCAGAGACCACCCUGCGGUGGCUGCCACACUGAACAAUUUGGCUGUUCUUUAUGGCAAACGAGGGAAGUACAAGGAAGCAGAGCCUCUGUGUAAAAGAGCCUUGGAAAUCAGAGAGAAGGUGCUGGGGAAGGACCACCCUGAUGUUGCCAAACAGCUAAAUAAUCUGGCCUUACUGUGUCAGAACCAAGGCAAGUAUGAAGAAGUGGAGUACUACUACCAGAGGGCCCUGGAGAUCUAUCAGACCAAACUGGGCCCCGAUGACCCCAAUGUGGCCAAGACCAAAAACAACCUGGCUUCAUGCUAUCUGAAACAGGGAAAAUUUAAGCAGGCAGAGACUCUAUAUAAAGAGAUCCUCACCCGAGCCCAUGAGAGAGAAUUUGGUUCUGUUGAUGAUGAAAAUAAACCCAUCUGGAUGCAUGCUGAAGAAAGAGAAGAACAGAGCAAGAUCAAGCAGAAGGAUGGGACUCCAUUUGGAGAAUAUGGUGGAUGGUACAAGGCCUGUAAAGUAGACAGCCCAACCGUGACAACGACACUGAAGAAUCUUGGAGCUCUUUACAGGAGACAGGGCAAGUUUGAGGCUGCUGAGACUCUGGAGGAGGCGGCUUUGCGCUCCAGAAAACAGGGUCUGGACACAGCUCAUAAGCAGCGUGUUGCAGAGGUGCUGGGAGACCCUGAAGUACGAGAGAAACAGAGGAGUCGUGAGAGCCUGACCUCUGACACGGUGAAGUACGAGAGUGGCCCUGACGGUGGAGAGGAAGUGAGUAUGAGCGUGGAGUGGAAUGGGGUGUAACUUCAGAUGCCUUGUUGUGGUUGUUGAACUUACCUUCUGCAUGAUGGACGCCAUCCUCACUCCCUCUCCAGCUUUGCUGUUUUGCGUCUCCUCUCUCCGAACAGCACCUUUCCUCCUUCUCCUCCUCCUGUGGGCAUAAUUGGGCUAAAGCAGACCUAAGAGGGCCAUGUUCUGUGGCUUUCCCUUCUAUGUCAAAAGUUGAACUAAGUCUCCCUUCUAUCACUAUAAUAAUCUGUCAGUCUGUAAUAUGUCAGUAGAAGAUCUCUUCUUGCCUGUCGGUCUCUGUUUGUCUGGUCAUCAUGUCUGUUUGUCUCUAAUUAACUUCCUGUUGAACUCUUAUCAAGUUAUUCUGCUGUAUAAAGCACUCUCUCUCUCUUAUUUAACAUUCCAUUUUUUUCUGCUCAAAUACUCCAAAGCGACUAUCCUUGAUUUUCCUUCCCAUCUCUAACACUGAUUGGAAUUUUCAUCUCCGCUUUGAGUGAGAAUUCUCUUGUUAAGAAUGAAAAUUCUCUUAUUUCAAAGAAUGAAUGAGAAUUCUCUUGUCAAGUUCUGCUCCUGAAGUUGUUCCAAACCUGCUUGCUGUUCACUAAUCUGUAAUAGAGAACUGGAUUGCUCCUGUGCCUUUUCGACCGUUCACUUGUGACACAUUGAUAGUUUUCUUUAGCAAAUAUACAUAAACAUGUUGUACACCAAACAUGUCAAAAAGCUUUUAUUUACACAAAUUUAAGCAAAUUAAUUGAUUUGAGUCAAUCCCAUCUCACUGAUUAGAUAUGUUUUGUAUGUGCACUUACAAUAAAGCCUUUAUCUGAUUUGGUUUAUAGUGCAUUGUUAAAAUUAGGUGUUUGUUUGGUCAAGUAAGUUACAUGGUUUGAAAAUUCAUAUGAUGCCAAUACAGUUCAAGCAACAUGACAGUAAAUUAAUGAAUGGAGUUGUAUUUGGCUCUGUUACCUGUUUUAAAAAAGAAGCACUGCUUCCAUCUAUGACUGUCAGGUGGUUUUGCUAUUGUAGUAGAUUAUAUAUCACAGUAUAUUAUUAGUUUAUGAUAAAUUUUUUAGCUAUUACUACUCACUUCUAAGGAAAGAAAGAGUAUAUUUGCACACAAAUGACAAAAUAAGCUUGAAGAGAACCUGAACAGAUUUUCCUCAUCCUUUAUUAAACGUGUCAGACUUGUAACUGUACACCGGGUCAUUUUUGAAGCAGAGCGACUAGUCCCAGUAGCGUAGACAUUGUAACUCUAUGUCAGUAUGGCACAGUAAGAUGGCGGAUGCAAGACUUCCGGUGGUUUCUGAGCAAUCCAGUAAUUCUUUAUAGAUCAGUGCUGCUGUCAUUUUCUCCUAAGAAUACAUGUUGAAUUUUAACAAUUAAUAGUGGGUGUGCUAUUAUAGCAAUAGAAUAUAAAUACUUGUAUGGUAUUUUUAAUUCAGACAGUCUGUGAUGAAAAUAUUAGAAAAAAGAAAAUACACUUUCACUUUUGGAAUGACAUAAGAUGGUUCUCGGAAGGUGAAGCUUAAGAAUAAACUAUAGUCAGAGUGGUCCUUUAAUUUAAUAGACAUUAAAGCAAACUUUGCUCCUCUCCUAAAGUAAUGUUCCAUAUUCAGUACAAGUUGAGCUCAACAGCAUUUUUGAUAAUGUCAAUAACCACAAAAUAUCAUGUUGUGUCUGAAAUAAUAAUAAAAACAACAACAAAAAUCUGUUGUUUUUCUGAAUUUACAGAAAUACUUGCAUUUUUAAACGUCAGUUUUGUGGUAGCACUAAAUCUGUAUCUUCUGGGAAAAAAAUCACACCCACUACCAGUAAUUCUAAAUAAAGUUAAAUGUUUAGAAACAUCGUAUUUUAGCCCCCUUCAAUCCACAACAAAUUAUGUGUUAAGCAAAGAAUUUUGGAUUACGCUGAAAAAACAAACACAUUUUGUUAAAAUUAUGUUACAAAGUUAUAUAUUAAAUAUAUUAAUAAAUCGCUUGAGUCCAUUAUGUAUGGAACAUUUUGCCACAAAUGCUGUGAAAAGCAUAUCUUGUAUUGACUGACAUUUUAAUCUUAUGCAGGACUUGUGACACUAGUUGUUUUGGUUUUCAUUGGUUCCUCUCAAUUUCUUGUAAUGCAGGGGACUUUAGAACGGCUCUUUCUCUAAAUGAAGCCUCUCUAUCACACUUUUUGUAUAGUGCAUUAAUGUGGCAUGGUGUUGUUGUUCAGCUUCUGUAUAAACCAAAUCCUGGUUUUCACGCACUUUCAUAUUGUUCAUUAUUGUGAGACCCUUGUAUGUACACUAGUUGAACACUAGCGAAAGAGAUGAGUAACGGGAUGAUUAGAAGCAUGUCUGUAGAAUCUAAUGUUCUUGUUUUUUUUUCCUACUAACAUGUUCACUGGUGUUUUGCUGCAUCUUUUGUCUUUCAUAACUUCUAAUAAAACUGACUUCGCUCACCAGA